GAAAAAAGUGUUAAAAACGUGAACGUAUAACCGUUGGAUAACCGAAACAAAAAUCCAACGGCAAAUAUCAAAGGAAAAAUCGACCGUUGGAACUUUCUACAUAUAAAACAUUUCCAACACCCAAACGUUGCAAGCACCAAGUAUAAACAAAGCAAAGCAAAACCAAAACAUCGUAAGAAAGAACGAAAGAAAAAAAACUCUGUGGGUGUGUUGAUCGGUUACAAAGGUUGAAUACUUGGUUGAGGUGGCUACCACCGACGAAGAAAGAGUGGGAGGAGAAGUUGAGACGAGAAACAGUCGUAUUCAAGUGUUUCUUUCGUCGAUCUUCUCUAGUCUUGGUGGUGUUUUCGGAUCUACAUUUCAAGAUCAUAAUAACAUGGCUUCAAGAGUUAUUGCUCCAAUCGAACUUCAACAACCCAGAGGUGAGAAUAAUAAUAAUAAUAAUAAGCAAAAGAAUGCACUGGGGGUAGAAGGAAGAAACAGAAGGGGGGUGCUUAAGGAUAUUGGUAAUCUUGUGGCUAAUCAAGCAGAUCUUGGUGUUAAUGCUAAUGUGUGCAAGCCUAACACAAGGUCUCAGGCUAUUGCUCAAGUCCUAGCAGAGAAAAACAAGAAAUCAAGCACUAAUUUGGACUUACCUCAAAAGCCUAAAGAACCUGAAGUUAUCAUCAUAAGCUCUGAUGAAGAAUCUGAGGGAGUGAAGGAGAAACAACAAGCUGUUAGAGGAAGAAAGCAAAGAGAAAGGUCCACUACAAAAAAUGGCAAGGCCUUUAGUUCAGUACUUUCAGCUAGAAGCACGGUUGCUUGUAGUAUUGUACCAAAGGAAUUGGUAAUCAACAUUGAUGCUACUGAUAAGGACAAUGAAUUGGCUGCAACUGAGUACAUUGAUGACAUCUACAAGUUUUACAAACUCACUGAAGAAGAUGGUCGUGUCCAUGAUUAUAUGGUUUCACAGCCGGAUAUAAAUGCCAAAAUGAGAUCAAUCCUUGUGGACUGGUUGAUAGAAGUGCACCGAAAAUUCGAACUCAUGCCAGAAACUUUCUAUCUGACUCUUAACAUUGUUGACAGAUUCUUGUCAACAAAGGUUGUACCUAGAAAUGAACUUCAGCUUGUUGGAAUAAGCUCAAUGCUUAUAGCAUCCAAAUAUGAAGAGAUAUGGGCACCAGAGGUUAAUGACUUUGUAAUCAUAUCAGACAGUGCCUAUGUUAGAGAACAGGUUCUGAUUAUGGAGAAAACAAUCUUGAGAAAUUUGGAAUGGUAUCUAACUGUUCCUACUCCUUAUGUGUUCUUGGUUCGGUACAUCAAAGCCUCAACUCCCUCUGAUAAAGAGAUGGAAAAUAUGGUGUAUUUCCUAGCUGAACUUUCUAUGAUGCAUUAUGCUACUGUAUCAUUGUAUAGUCCUUCAAUGAUUGCUGCUUCUGCUGUUUAUGCCGCAAGAUCUACCCUUGAGAAGAGCCCUUUUUGGACUGAUACUUUGAAGCACUACACAGGCUUCUCCGAGGAACAACUAAGGGAAUGUGCCAAACUCAUGGUGAGCUUUCAUUCUGCUGCUCCAGAAAGCAGGCUGAAGGCAAUUUACAAGAAAUUCUGUAGCACAGAUCGUUGUGCUGUAGCUCUUCGUACUCCAGCCAAAAACUUGUCAGCACACACAGACACAGAGUCUUGAAGAAAUUCUAGUUUAGGGUAUUGUUUUGUUUUGGAUGAUUGUAUACUAAAUAUACAAUGAUUAGCUAUUAUGGCUGUUUUUAAAAGCUUAAGGGUGGUUUCAUUUAGGAGAGAUCAUUACUAUUAUGAUCUAUAUGGCUGUGUGUUUUUCUUAAAAGUGUUUUACAAAAGUUUAUAGUUUAGAACAAUAUUGUAAGAGAAUUGCCAUAGCUCCUUCUCAAGCACUUCUUGUACUACAUAUUAUGCUAUAUUGAAUGAAAUUUGAGUAUUUGGCAAUGCUA